AUGCAAAGGCUGUGUCUGCAGGGCUCUAAUUCCGUGUUUGAACAGGACGUCUGCGACCUGAUCAAAGCCCCUCCACCUGCCCCGUCGGGUGGUGACAACACGGACAGCUGCUCCUGUCAUGCGUUUCAUCAGUGCAAACAUUACAAGUUGGAAGGAGGAUAUACAUCCCAGCGGCUCUGCGUCGCUGUCCUGCUGUUUAAGGAGGAAUUGAGAAGGCAACACCUUCUACCUGCGCUGAGCGCCUCAACUGCAUUCAGCCACUCCAGCGACCAGGUGGAUGCAUCUUCUCUGCGACUGGGCUCUCCACCUCAGAUCCUCAUCCCGGGGCCCUUCAUUAGCUACGACUCCCUGAGGAAUUAUCUGCAGCCAGAGCCAUGCAAGGAGGCUUUGCUGUUGGCCACACAGGCGGUUGGGACGGGGCUGCUCUCAGAGGGCAUAGAUGAACAGAGGCCAGUGAAGCAGCGGCGUGCACGAGCCAACUACAGCAGCUGGCAGCUGGAGGAGCUGGAGAAGGCUUUCGAGACCACCCACUACCCAGACAUCUUCCUGAGAGAAGCCCUGGCCCUCAGACUGGAUCUGAUCGAGGCCAGAGUCCAGGUUUGGUUUCAAAACCGUCGAGCCAAAAUGAGGCGGCAGCUGAAGCUGCAGGGCCAGUUUGCACUUUCUCAUGUGAAACGAGACAAUGAGGAAAGUUCUGAGAAAGUCAGCAAAACUUUAAACCGAACAGAAUCCCCUGACAGGGAGCAGUGGGAGGCGCAGCAGGAAGGAGAGAGCCCCGGCUGGACAAAGGAUCCAACGCCGGCGCUGAGUGUGCGUAAGCAGCCCGUGACCCAGGGCUUUGGGAGGUGGGAGCGGUCGGAGGGGCCGAGCUCAGAGGAGCUACGCUCCUGCAGCAUCGCCAAGCUGCGCGCCAAAGCCAGAGAGCACGAAGCCGAGAUCCACAGCACUGUAAACAUGUCAGGAGGUGACUUCCAGCCACAAACACAGGAAACUGAUGCAGAGCACAAUGACUGAUCACUUUCCUUCUUCCUGUUUUCCCUAAAAAUAAUGAUAAAAUAAAUAUAUACAUUAUAGAAAGAUUUAGAAGAUUAUUUUGUUACUUUGCUUUCAUUACUUGUCUCUAUAUAUUCUGUGUGACUUUAUGUCAAGCUACAAAAGACAUAUAUGUCCAUUCCUUCUAACGUCCUUGUAAUUUCUGUUUAAGGUAGAUCUUUUGAAGGUUUAGUGGUUAAUUUGCGUCACCAUUUUUCAAGUUGGAUGCAAAUACAAACUCUGUAAUUCCUUCUUUUUUUUUUAACGCCGGUCUCAUAUGCAAUAUGCAAACUGCUCAUGUUUCUCUUCAGUUCAUUUCAAAUGUGGCUGAUGUUAUCUUCAGCGACUGAAUGGAGGGGCGCUAUCAGAUAACGAUGACAAAUGACACAUGUUGACAUCUUCAGGACAGCUAAAAUGGGAUACAGUCCAGUCAUUUGUGAAUGUUUUCACUAAUCACAUCGUCGACCUCUUGGGUUACAGUCAGACAGAGCCAGGAUGUCUGCAUGCAGCCGCACGUCCUCACAGGAAACAAUGGAACUAGCUGAAAGAGGAAAUCAUGAAAAAUGGCCCGACAGUUUGCGGACUGCAUGACAAGUCACAUGACUGUUCUUCUUUUCUGACUGAGGUGUCAUGCUCCAAAAUGUACCUGUUUUUAUUGGCAUUAGUCCAGAUUUGAUAAACAGUUGUCUAAGGCGACGAGAACAAAUAAUCAGGAAAUGCAAUGGAUAAUGAAACGAUAAAAGUGUUAUUUCCUUGUUGUGAAUCACAUUUAUCUUGAACCAUUUUAUAGUUUUGUGUGUGUUACAUUUAAAAACUGCACACAGUAUUUUGAAUAAAGCUUAUAAU